GAGAGUGAGCGCGGGCGCGAGCGCGAGAGCGAGCAGGGAGCCGUCGCCCUGGUCCCGGGGACCCGACGUGACCGCGCCGACGGGAACCGGUGCCCAGGCGGAGCGUGCAGGCAAGAUGUGGUGGAGAAGCAUAGAACUGCAGUGUUAUUUUUUUUUAGUUGCAUGUCUCCUAACUGGUUUCGAAGCUGUGCCUAUAGACAUAGACAAGACAAAAGUAAAAGAUACUCCUGAUGUGGAAGGAGAAAAAGUAGAACCUCCAGAUACUGGACUAUAUUACGAUGAGUAUCUCAAACAAGUGAUUGAUGUGCUGGAAACAGACCACCAUUUCAGAGAAAAACUCCAAAAUGCAGACAUAGAAGAAAUCAAGAAUGGGAAACUAAGCAAAGAGCUUGAUUUAGUAAGUCACCAUGUUAGAACAAAACUUGAUGAACUGAAGAGACAGGAAGUGGCAAGAUUAAGAAUGCUGAUUAAAGCUAAAUUGGAUUCCAUUCAAGACACAGGCAUAGAUUAUCAAGCUCUUCUGAAACAGUUUGAGCAUCUAAAUCAUCAGAAUCCUGACAAGUUUGAACCAACAGAUUUAGAUAUGCUAAUCAAGGCUGCUACAAAUGAUUUAGAAAACUAUGAUAAGACUCGCCAUGAAGAAUUUAAAAAAUAUGAAAUGAUGAAGGAGCAUGAAAGACGAGAAUAUUUGAAAACAUUAAAUGAAGAAAAAAGACAUGAAGAAGAAUCUAGAUUUGAGGAAAUGAAGAAGAAACAUGGAAAUCAUCCAAAAGUCAACCACCCAGGAAGCAAAGACCAACUAAAAGAGGUUUGGGAGGAAACAGAUGGACUGGAUCCUACUGACUUUGACCCCAAGACAUUUUUCAAAUUGCAUGAUGUCAAUAGUGAUGGUUUCUUGGAUGAACAAGAAUUAGAAGCCCUGUUUACCAAAGAGUUAGAGAAAGUAUAUGACCCUAAAAAUGAAGAAGAUGACAUGGUAGAAAUGGAAGAAGAAAGACUUAGGAUGAGGGAACAUGUAAUGAAUGAGGUGGAUCUUAACAAGGACCGAUUAGUGACUUUGGAAGAGUUUUUAAAAGCUACUGAGAAAAAAGAAUUCUUGGAGCCAGAUAGCUGGGAGACAUUGGAUCAGCAGCAGCUUUUCACAGAAGAAGAGCUGAAAGAAUUUCAAAAUCACAUUUAUGCACAAGAACACAAGCUCAGACAGAAGGCAGAAGAUCUCCAGAAGCAAAAGGAAGAGCUCCAGCGUCAGCAUGACCAGCUCCAGGCACAGAAACAUGAAUAUCAGCAGGUUGUACAACAGAUGGAACAAAAGAAAUUACAACAAGGAGUACCUCCAACAGGGCCAGGUGGAGAAUUAAAAUUCCAGCCACCUGGGCAGCACCAUGAAGAGAAUUCAGAAAAACAUUCUUUAGGUAGUGACCACCUUCAGCCUUUGCCACCAGGGCACGUUUCUCCCCUUCAGGAAGGAGCAGCCAUGGCUGAACAUGCCCAGAUCCACCCUUAACCAUCCGGUGCCUCAACUUUAUACUUUUCUUGUUCAUUUUUUGUUUGUUUAUUUAAAAAGGGAGACUAAAGUGGAUUAAGAAAUUAAAUUUAAAAUGUCCUAUUUCUGGCCCGUGCCUGUAUCAUCAUGAGAAGAAUAAUUUUAAUUAUUUCAAGCAACAUUUUAAAGCAAUCUCUUUCAUUAUCCCCUUAAAAUUGCGAGGGGAAAGAAGGUUACUAAAAAUCCAAUUUCAUUCUUGACUCCCUUUUCUAGAGGCAAAUCUUAGUGCCUGGGGUAUAAGAUCCCAUUAAAAACAACAACAAAACAGUAGUUAGCUAUGAAUCAGUAAUCUGUUUUCAGAAGAAUCCCAGAACUAGAACAUAUGUGCAUAGCAACAACAGAAGGUGAAUAAGAACCUGGAUCCAAGGGUCAAGUAAUUCCAUUUCCAGCUCAGCCAACCUGCUUGUUGUUUUUGAGACCAAAAAAGUACCCUUCAAAAGAAGACUUUGAACCUGUCUUUUUUAAUUGUCUCAAAGAAUUCUGCUGAAGAGUAAUAUGGAUCCAUUCACGUUUACAGAUCCCUCAAAUUCUCACUGUGUAAAGCCUCAAGUAUAAAUAUUUUUAUUUACUUUAGCUUCAAUGAAGAGAAAUGCAUUGUACCAGCUCUGUUGUGAAUCAGCAAUUUAUAAUAUCCUUCUUGCCUAAUAGCUUUCCUUCCUAAAAAUCUUCAGAGCUCUGCAUGUUGUCCAAAUGAUGUUCAUUUGUAUUGAAGCAAACUAUCAUAAGAAAUAACACUGGAGUUUGCAGAUCUGCCUCCUUCCUUUCAUUUCUGCAGUCAUGGUAUAUUUCCCUAAAUUUUCUCUACUUAAGAUGGUGUCGGUGUUCAUGGUAGGUUGUGGGUGGGUUUCUUUUUUUCUUUUAAUUGAUACUAUUUGGCUCUUCUAGAUGAUUUUUUUUACCUUGAUGGAAACAAUUCAUUUUCCUCAUUGUUUAUCACAAGUUAAUGGGUUGUCUUUUUACGUGACAAGAGGAGGAAGAAACACAAUUCAUCCUGGUUCUGUGAAACAUUCUUCGUAAAUCAGCUUGUUCAAAUUGUGUUUUUUUCCCCCUUGGUCUUCAGUUUUAAUCAUCUUUUUGAAAGAUGGUGUCAGAGCUGUACAUGCCAUUUUAUUAUAUUAGUGGUGUUCCCUCCUCCCUCUGACACCUUUUAGGGUUAGGGAAAUAAAUUACUGAAUUGCUAGAGUAUUCUCAAUUAUUAUACUGUAACUAUUAUACCUUUUUAUGUGAAGUCCUGCCAUUCUGCUUCAUGUGUUAAACAUCUUUUUUGGAGUAGUUUUAAUUCCUUUUUGACAAACAAGAAUUUCAAAAUUAUUUGUUUAAUUAAUGUUAUAUAGGAGAAAACAUAAUAGAUCUGAUGAGACUCCUUUCUUUGGCUUGAUUUUUUUCCUAGAUAAAUUGUAUUUUUGUUUCCUGUCUGUAUGUCUUUCCUCCUCCCUCCCUUAGCAUGACUGAAUUUUGUUCUUAUUGACAUUUGCAUUGCUUGAGAAGUGAAGUUGAAUUUGGGAAAAGAAAAAAGCCACCUUGGAGAAAUUCAUCAUGUUAUUCUUGCCAAGCCAAAUCAGCAGAUUCCCUUCCUCCAAGAUGGUUUUUUGGAUUUCUGGGCCUUGCCAUGGGAAGGAAUAUUCAUCCUAUAGAGAAAUCUCUAACUUGAUACUUAGGUCUAAAGUCCAAGGGAAAAGCUAAUGAAGGGAAGAAGUGGGAAUACAUGGGGACCAGUAGUAUUUCCUUGUAUCACAGUGUAGUAAGCCUCUGAUGAGUUGUUGUCUUUUUCCAAUUCUUGAUGGUUUUUGCCCCACUGAAAUAAUAAUGGUUAUAAA